AAGAAAGUUGCAGUUUCGCCUGAAAGGUGAAGAAUUGAUGGCGAUGGCAAAGUUGGCAGCGCUAAAUGCACCAGUUACCGAAGAUUACUUGUGCUGCUGAGCCCAUGGUGCUCUCUUUGUGUAGUAUUUGACUGUGCUCGCAUGCUACUUUUGUUAGCAGGAGAUAUUGAGACUAAUCCAGGACCUUAGCAACAAUCCAGCUGUACUUCCUGCUGACAUGAUGUUCUGAAGGCAUCGCAAAUCAGUCGGCCAUGCUUGAGCAGUUAAAUUCAGUUAGGUCAACCCUUGCUGAUCGUUAAAAAGCUUUCAGCAACCUUGGCACACGGUUGACCAAAAUUGAAUCCUACUUAUUGUCACUUUCAAAUGAAAAGUCACAAAUAAAUAACAUGGAAGGUGUUGCUAAUAGCAGUGCUGCUCAAGUAACUGGGCUGACCGUUUACAUUAAUGAGAUGGAAAACAGAUAACGAAGAUGUAACCUGGUUUUUUACAGGCUCAGUGGUGCAUGAAAUGAGUCGUGUGUUUCUGAGGAAUUGAUAAUUGAGCACUGCCACAAAAGCUUGGGCAUAACUAUUCAAUGUUGUGAUGUAGAAAGUGCCCACAGACUUGGAACUUAUCGGCAGAGGAAAUGGAGGCCAAUACAGUAGACUACUGUUAAGACCAACUCGCUUAAGAUGAACCCUCGGUUAAGAUGAACAGUGAAAGGCGUUUGUUUGGUUUCCCAUAGAGUCAACGCAAAAAAAAUCCGCUUAAUAUGAACAGUGCAUACGCGCUAAUCGGUUAAGAGAACUUUCACGGCCGGCCACGCCUUACCCACGUAGCUUUAUUCGACCAUCCGAGCCGCACUUUAGGGGAAAGAAAGAAAGAAAAAAAAGGAAGCUUUUCUUCGCCGUCGACCAUCUGUGUGACGUGGGGAGACGAGGUGUUUCUGUGAAGAUUCUGCUGCUCCUCCUCUCCCACCCUACCUCACUCACUCCCGGCCUGGCUACCAGAAUUAGCCGCGCCCUCAAGUUCAUGCUCUCCUUUGCCGGACCCUCUACCCUGCACAGCGCUGAUGCGAUGUGUGCUUCAUACGAGGCAUUUGCAGCGCUGUGCUGCUCUCCUUCCCCCCCACCCCAGCACCUCCCACAAUGAUCUCUCCUCUUUGUCGCCGCAGCAGGUUCGCGUUGCGCUCGCUGGCUUUCUCCGAACUUGCAGACUGCAGGGAGGAAACGGGACAUAGAGGGAGAGAAAAACCAAGUGCGGCCUGGCCAGCAAAACUCGAAAAAAAAAAAAAUGGGCGAACAGAAAAAGGGAGAAAAAAAAGCAGCCAAUGCUGUUUCCCAACGGCAAUCACAUGAUAGUGCCAUUAUGCCAGUGCUACCAACCUCUGCGCGUUUGCUGACCGCCAACUACGCAGUAGGCAUAUCCCUUCAUGGCGUGCGCGCCGUGGCGCGCUAGUCCGUCUGCCGUCACAUUGUGGUGUGUGUUCUUUGUUUUAGUGUGCGCCCUGUUUGUUGUGUUGCUAGUAUGGCAAGUCGGCCAAUAGCUCGGAAAAAGCCGCUUGAACUUCUUGAGAAGAUCGAAGUUUUGAACGAAGUAUGCACCAGCUGGCUUUCAAAGACUGAAAUUGCGCGCAAGUUCGGCAUCGCGAAAAGUACCGUGAGUGGUAUUGUGAGAGACGAAGCGCAGAUUACCACUGCUCUGCAAGAUGGUGAGUUUGUGCCGAAGCGUAAAAGGAUGCGCACAGCUAUGCAUAAAGACUUAGAAGACAUCCUUCUUGCUUGGGUUAAGCAGGCGCGCGGUGCGAAUUUGCCAGUGAAUGGAGUCGUAUUGAAAGCGAAAUCAGAAGAAAUUGCACUGCGGCUCAAUGUGGAGUUUGCAUGCAGUGAUGGGUGGCUCGACCGUUUCCGCGAAAGGCAUGGACUGGCCUUUUGUUGCAUUGUCGGUGAGGCCGCUGCAGUGGACGAAACGGCCUGCAGCGAUUGGAGGCAGAACAAACUGAAUGACCUCAUGGAAGAAUGUGACCCUCAAGAUAUAUACAACGUUGACGAAACUGCCCUUUUCUACCAGCUGCUUCCAAACAAAAAGCUCGCAUUUGCUGGUGAUAACUGCGUGGCGGGCAAGCAUAGCAAACUUCGGGUAACGGUCCUCGUGGGCGCAAAUAUGACUGGGAUGGACAAACUAAGGUUGCUGGUGAUUGGGAAGUCUAAAGCACCACGCUGCUUUAAAAGCAUAAAAACGCUGCCGGACUUUGUACAUGGCUAAUUCGAAAGCGUGGAUGACGCAAGCGCUUUUCGAGCAGUGGCUUCAGAAGAUGGAUCAUCGCUUCCAGAGAGAGAAAAGUUCUCUUUGUUGUCGAUAACUGUACCGGACACAGUCAUGUCGCCGGACUUUCUGCCAUCCAUCUGGAGUUUCUACCAGCACAUACAACUGCGAAGCUACAGCCCAUGGACCAGAGGGUAAUCAGCAGCUUGAAGAGGCACUAUCGUCGCUCUGUUACAGAGGAUGCUAAUUCUCAUGGAGAGCGGUAAGGAGUACACAGUGAACCUGUUAAGUGCUGUCCACUUACAAGUGCCUGGGGGCAGGUUACUGAAGUGACCAUUGCCAAUGCCUUCCACCAUGCAGGGUUUAUGGUGCCUAGCAACAGCUCAGUGCAGAAUGACUGCGAUACUACAAGUGAGGACUCUACUGUGAACUUGAAGGAGAGCAGCAUUGUUUCUACGCAGAGCAGUAAGGUUGUCUCCAUUGACAUGAGUGCGUAUGUCAGCAUUGAUGAAGGCGUGCAAACAUGCAGGACUGACACAGUGAAAGCAUUAAUUGAGGAGGUGCUCGACCUGCCAUCAGAAGCUGCUGCUGAUGACGGCAUCGAUGUUGUGCCUGAAUCUGAACAAGUGACCUGCAAUGCAGCUGACGCCUUGAUACUUUAGUGCAGUUUUUCGAACAAUGUGAGGGCACUGAGGAAUAUCUUUGAAAAUUAAGUGAGAUGUCUGUAUUUGUAGCAGCCAGGCAAUUUUCUCGACAGGCACAAAAAAAGGAAAAAAAAUGCUGGGUAACAGUCAACAGUGCCUAAGCCUCAUUUCCUCGUCAUCCAAUAACAUUCUAUUACUAACGAAAACAGUUUAAAUUCCACAACACCUGAUUGCAAAAUCCUUCCUGGUCUGCCAGAGUUUGACAUUUUUCGCUACCCAUCGCCAACAUAAGUGCACUUCUGUAAAUGUAAGGAUGCCUUUAGAAAUGAUUCGGAUGUGCUUCCAUGCCACUUCACCGUGCACGCUCAUCGGCUGUUGUUAUUGUCCACCCAGCACUGAUAGCUCCUUUCUUUUUUUUUUCACGAUGCAUUGUUAGAACUAACAACGGCUUAUACUAACACCCUCAUCUUGUUACUCGUGAGCUUCAACUUUUCAACUAUAGUUUAGAAUAAUGUUGCAUCAUGUCAAACACAAAGAAACGUGGCUAGCGAAUUUAUAAACGCUUGCCCUUCGGUCUCUCCCAGCUGGUCAUUAAACCUACACGAAUAACUAAACACUUGUCAAAUAUCCUAGACCUCUACUUGACAACACCCCGAUAAGAUGCCUCAUCUUAUGUACGUCAGUGGCCUUAGCAGUCACACCAUCAUCCAUGCCACGUUUCCUUGCAAUAUAUACUUAAAAGUGAAAUAUCAAAAAGUACUAAUGCUAUAUGAUAAAGCCGAUUACUCGAGUAUUAAUCGUGAACUUUGUCUUUCACGAGGAAUUUGCCCUUGCGUAUCAGCAACAGUCGACCGAGAGUAACUGGGCACUUUCUAAAACAGAAAUGCUGCGUUUAAUAUGUCUUUACAUUCUAUCACAAUAAAUGAGAGCGCAUUUCCCCUUCUACAACACUACUUUAGAGCACUUGAACAAUAAAGAAAAAUGAUUACUUUGUGCAAGCAAUUCUUCAGGUUCUCUUUCUGCCUGGGAAAAUAUAACGAUGCCACUAUACAGUACAACUCUUAAAAAGCACACGCAAUAUGUGAUUUCUACUACCAUCCGAAACAUCUAACCCGUGGAGUUCUUGGAAAAUUAUUUUAUAAAACCUGAAAAUAAUAGCUCUAUUUCUGUAUGUGAUAACUGGCU